AUGACCCACCAGUCAUUUUGAAGAAACAGAGAAAUUGAAAUAAAUAUCUAUAGUACUGACAUCAGAUUGCUGAAUCAACUUUUCAAUUCUUCCAGGUGGAGUUUUAUACUUUUUCAUACACCAUGUGGUAGGACCCAAACCCUUUGGAAAAGCAGUAUUGUUAUUUCCAAGGGGCUCGAUUGUCAACAAAGCCAACGAGGAUUCCACUUUCACUCUCCCAAGUAUCCACACUUGAGGCUAUUUACAGAUCGCUUACAAACCAAACCAACCAGCUGAGGCUGCAAGCAGACCAGGAAAGAAACAGAUCAAAGAUGAGAAUCAAACCCCACCACGUCUCUUUCUCUUGUCUCCUUCUAUUCUUUCUCUUCUAUCGUUCCCGUUCCCAAGCCCUACCAAACACCACAGGCUACGCUUGCACAGCCAACCAGACCACUUAUCCAUGCCAAACCUAUGCUUUUUACCGAGCCACUGCUCCUGACUUCCUUGACCUGGCUUCAAUUGGGGACCUUUUCCAUGUCAGUCGUCUCAUGAUAACCGAACCAAGCAAUAUUUCCUCUCCGUCGUCGCCUCUUAUCCCUGAUCAGUUCCUAUUUGUCCCCAUAACAUGUUCUUGCAACUCUAUUAACGCUACUUUUGGUAGUCUAUCAGCUGCCAACCUCUCUUACACAAUCAAAGGAGGCGAUACUUUCUAUAUCGUGUCAACUAAUAAUUUUCAAAACCUUACCACUUAUCAAUCUGUUGAAGUUUUCAAUCCUACUUUCAUCCCUACCCAACUUGAAAUUGGUGACAUAAUUGUCUUUCCAAUCUUUUGCAAGUGUCCUAAUGAAACACAGGUGCAAAAUGGAGUGAAUUACCUUGUUUCUUAUGUGUUUCAGCCUUCUGACAACUUAUCAUUAGUUGCUUCAAGGUUUGGCGUUCAAACUCAGGCUAUAACCAAUGUCAACGGCAAUGACAUACAGCCUUUUGAUACCAUAUUUAUUCCUGUCAAUCGACUACCUGUAUUAUCUCAGCCUGAGGUAGCUCCUACAGCCUCUCCUGGGACUGAGAGGAAAGGGGUCAUCAUCGGAUUGUCAAUUGGGUUAGGAAUUUGUGGGGUGUUGUUGAUUUUCUUGUUUGUGGUGUUUCUUCACAGAGAGGUUUUGUCGAAGAGAAGAGAUAUGGAGAGGGAUGACGAGAAGCAGAAGCUACAGUUUAAUAGGCCUGGGAUGGUGAUGAAGGGAAUGGAAGAAAAUUUAAUGGCAGAUGUAUCAGAUUGCUUGGAUAAGUACAGGGUGUUCAAAAUUGAAGAACUUAGAGAAUCCACUGAUUACUUCAGUGAGAGUUGCUUGAUUCAAGGAUCUGUCUAUAAAGGGUCCAUUGAUGGAGAUAUCUAUGCCAUAAAGAAGAUGAAGUGGAAUGCCUGUGAGGAGCUUAAGAUCUUACAAAAGGUAAACCAUGGAAAUCUGGUGAAGUUGGAGGGCUUCUGCAUAGACCCUGAAGAUACAAAUUGCUAUCUGGUAUACGAGUUCAUUGAAAAUGGAUCUCUAUCCUCUUGGCUUCAUGAAAACAAGAAUGAAAAGUUAAACUGGAAAACAAGGUUAAGAAUUGCUGUUGAUGUUGCAAAUGGUCUGCAGUACAUCCAUGAGCAUACAAGGCCAAGAGUUGUACAUAAAGACAUCAAAAGCAGCAACAUUCUCUUGGACUCCAACAAGAGGGCCAAAAUUGCCAAUUUUGGACUAGCAAAAUCAGGCUGCAAUGCCAUAACAAUGCACAUUGUUGGCACUCAAGGUUACAUUGCACCUGAAUAUCUAGCAGAUGGGGUGGUCUCAACAAAGAUGGACGUUUUCUCCUUUGGGGUGGUUUUGCUUGAGCUUAUAUCUGGCAAGGAAGCCAUUGAUGAAGAAGGAAAGCUUCUGUGGGCAAGUGUUAGUGGAAUUUUGGAUGAGAAUGAGGAGCGGAAGGUGAAAAAAUUGAAGGCAUGGAUGGAUGGACGUCUACUAGAGGAGUCCUGCUCAAUGGAGAGUGUAAUGAAUGUAAUGGCUGUUGCCAUUGCUUGUUUGAAUAAAAACCCUACAAAAAGGCCUAGCAUGGUGGAUAUUGUUUAUGCAUUGUCUAAGAGUGAAGAUUUGUUUUUCGAUGUAUCGGAAGAUGGAUUGUCAGCUUCUCCGCUUGUGGCAAGGUAAAAACUUGCUCACGGUUAAGAACCCCUUCCAUGAUGUUAUACUACGUCAUUUACUGGUAGUAGACUAGCAGUAGUAGAGAUAGCUGUGCAGCUUGUAUGAGAAUUAGUUCUCUCCAAUUAACAGGCCUGUAAGGUUGUACCUUUAUGAAAUUUUGAAGUUCAUUGAGUUUGUAUCACAAUUUGGAAGGUAAAUAAGGAACUGCAAAAUUUUAUUUCA